AUGGUAGCAAACGUUGCAGUAGAAUCAGGAACAAAGCCAAGAAGUACGGGAAUAGACAAGUCACACCACAACAUUAAAGAAUCUACUGAUAAGCAGACCAGCAACGGGUACCAACGAGGGGAACUACCGAAUGGUGUGUCAUUGGACGGGCUUACGUCAAGCGAGACCAACAGCAUUACUCAUCUCCUGCUUAACUAUAAGGAUGCAUUCGCUGAGAAUGAUAUGGACCUAGGAUGUUGUGAUGUGAUACCACACCAAAUCACCUCAAGAGACGGUGCACCAAUUCGUUUACCAUAUAGAAGGGUCCCACCUACACAAAUUCCUGAAAUGAAACAACUGCUACAGGAGAUGUUGGAUAAAGGCAUCAUUCAGAAGUCUAAAGUCCUGUCGUACCAAUUCGCAAGAAGGAUGGCUCCAUGCGCUUAUGCAUCGACUAUCGCCAAUUAA